AUGAAUGGGGAGCUGCAUGAAGGAGAGGGUCAGGCGGCCCGCCCCGCUAGCAGAAGUCGCCGCUCCGUCUUGGUCAGAAGUCCCUCACCAUGUGUCACCAAGGCCAUUCACCACAUCCAGGAGCUGAGGAGGGAAGUGGAGCGGUGCCAACAGUCAGGACGACCUCAGUCCCAGCUGGCCCAGGACCAUCUGCAGAACAGCAAAACUUUGAGUGACUCGGAUACCAAAUCAGAAUCUGCAGAGCUAUGCACCAAAGGCAUCGGACUCAGUGGGAGAGUAAAGUUAAGUCUCCAUCCAGACAGCGGCCCGUCUACGUUGCUGAGGAAAAUGACCGAUGCCCUUGGAGAGGUGACGCGCCUGAUGGAGCGACUUGAGACCAACCGCCAGAAUGCACAGGAGGCUCUUGAGGAGGAGAGGAGGACGAAACGGAGUUUGGAGGAGCAAGUUGACAGUAUUUCACGAUGGAAGCAGCAAGAGCACGCCUCCGUCAUCCGGAGAGAGCACGAGGCUUACAUGAGAGAUAUCAGCGAGCUGAGACGGCAUCUCAGAGUGAAACAAAGGAAACGCGACCAAGUGAAGGAGAAACUGCUGCACACAGAGGUUCUGAACCAGCACUUACACGAGCACAUCAGCUUUGUCAGAAAACAAAGAGCCCUUAUAAAGGAGAAGCUGGAGCUGGAGAACGACCGUGUCAGUCAAAUUACCGCCAGGCUGAGUGAGGUUGAUGCGGGAUGUGCAAAAGCACAAAAUGAUCUCAGAUUCGCUGAAAAGCAGUUCGAAGCGCUGAAACUGGAGGCGGACAAAGAGAGGACGUCCAUGCAGGAACAACUGGAGGCCAUUCAGAGGGAAGCGGCGCACAGAUUAGAUGAGUUAACGCAGCUGAAGGCCCAGCGGGAAGUCCAAAAGGCCAAAUUAAAAGAAAGCGAGGAGCUAGUCGCUGUGAAGGAGGCGAGGUGCGCAGCCAUAUCACAAAGCCUGCCCCAACUGGAGGAGCUGGAGACGGCUUCAAACGACAGGGUCUAUGAAAUCCAAGUAGAGAUGGAGGGAGAAGUCAGAAAAACAAGGGAAGAAAACGAGCUCCUCGCCAAGCUGGAAGACGAGUUUCUGGAAACCAAAGUUAAAGGUGAAGCCGAGGUCUCUCAGAUGGAGGAGGCGCUUCAUUCAAAGCGUAACACCCUCGCGUCCCUUCGUGACCGGAGCGAGGAGUACGAACGAAAGGUGGAGGACUUCGACGGGAAGAUCUCCGAAAGCAAAAACGCAGUGGCGCAGAUGCUCCAGGAAAAGAAGCGCAUGCUCCAGAGGAUCCGCGAGGAGGAAGACGAGCGGCAUGGCAACGGAGACGGACAGAGCGACACUGCUGCCCAGCACAGUGCAGCCAAGGCCAGGCUGCAGGAGCAGCAGAGGCUCAGUUUCCUACAGGAGCAGAGGGCCGCGAAAGCAAUCGAAGAGCUGAAAAGGGACCAAGUGGCCGAGAUGCGCUCCCUGGCAGAGCUUAAGACUCAGUGCACAGCGAUCACUGGAGAAUUACGGCAAGAGCAAAAGAAGUCAGCGUUGGCCAGGCGGGAACUUCAGAGGAGAUACGAGGAGGCAUCGUCAGCUACGAAAGACCAGCAGGUCAGGAAUGAGGAGCUGAGGAAGAUCUGCAGUGAAAAACAUCAGACCAUCAGGUCCCUGAUGGAGGAACUGAAGGAGAUUCAGCGUGGACACGCGGAUGCGUCAGACAGACUUGAGAGGGAGAAAAAGCUCACAGAUGACAACCUACAUGCUGUCAAGGAGUCCCACACUGCAUUUGUAAGGAGAUACGAGUGUGCGGUCAGCAGAAUCAGCGGCCUGACAAAGAAGUCCACAGAAUACAGAGGUGGAUCAGACGAGCUGCAGAAACUGGCCUCCACCCUGCAAGAAGAUGUAGACGAGCUCCAAGGUAUUUUGGACGUGGAGAAAUUCAGCAACCAUUCAGCCGCUCACCUAAUGGAAAUACUGCAGUCUGAUAUUAACAACUGCCAACGGCGGGCACGGCAGUCCUCAGAGACCCACAAGCACCUCGUCGCAGUAAGACAACAGACAAUGGAAGAGCUAAAGGAGGGACUAGAGGAUGCACUACGGGAGAACGCGGCGUUAGCCCAGGAGUACACACGUCUCCAGGAGGCCACCGCGCUAGCCAGAGAGGAGGCCCUGUGUGUGCUCGACAAGAGGAACCAGACCCAGGGCACCUUUAAUUACUAUACACGGCUCUCUUCGUUGCAGAAGACGAUGCACAAAGCUCUGGUGAAAUACUUUGAACAACGCGACCUCCACAACCAGGCUGAGCUGGAGCAAUGCCAGGCUCUUUCCCAAGACAACGACCAGAGAAUGAAACACGUCCAGGAGGAGAUGUCAGAAGCCAUUGACCACCUCUCCGGGUUCAUACGCUCUCUGACGGAUGACUCCACUACCGCCGCUGACGAUGACGACGACGACGCCGCGACAAACAAACGAGCCGGACCGGACCACGUCUGA